CGUGUUCCAAAUUAGAAGAUUGAGUUAAGUGAUGAAAGUUCACACUGAUUAAUUAAGUGUAUUAUGCCACUGUAAUUAAGACAAAAUGUAUUUCGUUGUUCUUGUAAUCACUUAUAUAGCGGAUGGAGGUGGUGCUCAGUUAAAUGAAGACAGCUGUGACCCCAGCGAGCUGAAGAUAUGUGUCCAGACCACCCCGAAGACUCCAGUGGGGCUGCCGAGGACUCAGGAAGAACUUGACGCACAUUGCUUGGCGUACCAGACGGGCAUGUCGUGUAUGGACACGUGGAUCAGGAGGUGUCUGCCGACGGACGGACAGAAACUGGUGCAGCAGCAGAUCGGAGGGGCGCGGGCUCUGAUGAGGUUCCUAUGCAGCAACGAGACCGGGUUACGAAGAGAUUUUCUCAAAGAGCCAUCGUGUUGGAGGUUGGUGUCAGCUGACUGGACUGGUUGCGUGGAUGAGUUGCAGCUUGCAGUAAGAGAUAUCUCCCACCGAUCGCAACAAAUUACAUUUUUUAAUAAAAACUCUGAGUUGUGCUGUGCCCGUGAUGCGUUCCUCGGCUGCGUGUCCCGCGUGGGCCGCAUCUGCUCGCCAGCGGCUGGUGACCUGCUCCGCCGCAUGGCCUGGGUCCUGGCCCAGGACGUCGCGGCCUGCUCCCACCAGCCCCGGGCCCGCUGUCGAGCCACACACUCCGCACUCUCCUCUCACACACUAACAUUACUCUCUACUGCGCUGCUGUACCCCCCACUGCAUCUAUAAACCUAGGCCACAAUCUCUUGCGUCACGCGAGACUGUAAUAUUAUCCAAGUUUCUGUUUUUGAAGUGAAAACUGCAUUAGGUGCGGUGAGUAUUACUAAGUUCGUUUUUAUUGAAUCUAUAUACAAACUGCAAGAAAACGCUCGAAUCGAAUAGAAUAUUUUUGUUUUUUUUUUUUUAAAUUUGGAACAUUUUAUUUUAUGUACCAGUACUUUUCAAUACGUAGACAAUUGUUUCUAAAACAUUGAAUGCUUAUAAAAACUCUUUUGUUUAAGAUAGUCAUCCAUAGUUGUAUAGAAUAGUUUUGGGUGCUCGUUUUGUGCAAAUGGGUUUAUAUUACAUCUCAUAAUAUUAUUGCAUAGAGAGAUUUCUGGUGUACGGGCCGAAACCAAUAAUUUACUCGAACCAUAAAACUGUUAAGUCUUAGAUUAAGGAUUGGUCCCCGUUGCACUCCAACUAAAUACCACAGGCGUAGUCGCAAAGUGCGGCAACUUUUACUACUCUACUCGAACUAGUCUCGAACAAUGUCUGACCAUGUUCUGUUAAACUUUGCUAAUAAUUGGAACUAAAAAGCCUGGUUGCGUAGUAAAACUUUGUAAAAAUAAUACUACAAGAAAUAAGAAAGACACUGGGAUCACAUAUCUUCAGUAAGUAUAUUGUAUUUUAUUAAUUUCAAUGUAAAAUAACACGAAGUGUAUGUUCCAAAAUUGUAAAGAUGCCAGGCACGACCAUUUCACCAUCGCACGACACGCCACAAGUUAGGAUAUCAUCCCCACCAUCUGGAUGUGUGGCGGUCCUCCACAGUGCGGUUUUCAAGAAGCUUUCUCCCUCGUACUACAAAGCUGUGGAAUGAGCUUCCUUGUGCGGUGUUUCGGGGACGAUACGACAUGGGUACCUUCAAAAAAAGCGCGUACACCUUCCUUAAAGGCCGGCAACGCUCUUGUGAUUCCUCUGGUGUUGCAAGAGAAUGUGGGCGGCGGUGAUCACUUAACACCAGGUGACCCGUACGCUCGUUUGUCCUCCUAUUCCAUAAAAAAAAAAAAAAAAAAAAAAAAAAAAAGGCAAACUAGCAUCUAAUAGUUGCCGUAAUAAAAAAGGUAACUAUUGUUUUUAAGUAGUACGGUAUCUAGUUGGAGCGCAGCGGAGACCAAUCCUUAAUCUACGUGUCAAGUUUUGAACAGAAAUUACUUUUACUGCAAUUUGUUCAUGAAAACAACGUGUGUAAGAUAAAGUGAUACCGAAGUGACAGUUAAUGUCACAAAAAUCAAAAGCGAUGUCUAGUCAAUAGGUAUAUUCUAGUAGAUAUAUCAUUACUUAAAUAAUUAUAAUCAUGUAACCUGAAAGAAUAAGUAAAUAAACUUUUUUUAAAUG